AUGGAUUUCGAUUUCGACGAAGUUGUACGCAUAUACGCGGCCCUGCGUGCUCAGGCCAAAUCUCCUCAACCUCCCGACCCCAAUAAGGAAGUACGCAUCUGUUGCCUUGAGGGAUGGUGCAGAGCUUGUGGGGAGGACCUUAGCGGUGGAGAGAUGUGUGUCUUUGUCUCCGAAGUGGCCCCAGGCCGUAUCACAGUCAGGGGUCCGUCGGAUUACCCGACCGAUGAUAUGAUGCCAAGCACGAGGGGCAACAUGCGUCGUCUCUCCAACUGGGAUCCCUUUGGCCUGGAUGACGAGCCUAACCAAGAGAGUGCCACGCUACAUUCCGAGUGCUACAGGAUAUUUCGACGCAACUGCCCAGAUGCCGAUGCGUUGCGCCGGCUGUUGCUUGCGGCCAUAUGGAGGAGUCCCUGGAAGUGGGCGCCCAAGUUCGGAUUAAACACCAAUACUGAUGCUGCUAGUUUGGCACAGUUGGCUGCGACAGCAUGCCAUCUACCGCAGUUGGUAUCGAUGCCGACGGAGCUCAAGCGCAUGGUGGGCCAGGAGCUGUUGACACAGCCGUCCGUCCUUAUUCGCUAUCAUUCUACCAUGUCGCUGGCCGCUGAUUCGAGCCGUCGACCUUAUGAUGAACAAGCCUCGAUGUCCAUUAGCAAGGCUGCUUCGUGGGAGCGAGGCCAAGGCCCGUCGGGCGAGAUAGAAGACCUCCCGCCUAUCAUUCGGAUCACCAUUGACUGCCAGGGAGUCAAGCGCAUCGAGAGAUUUGCGCAAAGACCCGAAUGGGAUUUCCGACAAUCAGACACUGAAUUAUACAUUAUGGAGAGCCAAGAAGCUCUGGCGAACGUUCAGGUGCAGUUUCAGUCGGGAUUGGCGCGCUUGAACUACCUUGGAGAUGGUGAAGCAACAUGUCUCCUUCCCUGGGAUACCCCCACCCCUCCAGCUCAAGAGGAUCUGCUAGCAGUGAGGGGCAGGUCGGCUAAUAGUAGUAAGGUUGUGCGAUUCUCAACCAUUGAUGUGUCAAAGAUUACUGGAAUUACCUUCUUUUUGAACUAUAAGAUUCGUUUCUUGUUGGCACAGGCAAAUAGACCCAAUUUUUGGAUACAUGCACACACACCCAAAGCACCUUCUGCCAUAUCAACGUUUGAAUACCUCUACCACACAAACAGGUCAGGGAUUAUGUACUAUGUGCCAUUUCCAUCUAGCGAUCGAUUGACCUUUUUCGGGGUUAGAAAUGUACGAUUUCCGGCAUAUUUUCAGGUCUUGCUUCGCUUCGAGAAAGCUGGCGAUUACGUUGUUGGCUUCGAGUCUCCCCAAUUUCCUGAUUGCGACGAUACGGUGUGGCCGGCAGAUGACCAACUGCAGUUUAUUUGCGGUCAAACAUUGUCAGGCAAAACCGUGACACUGGACGCAUACCCUAAGCGGGGGAACGGCACGGUAAACCCCCCUUUCGCGCAUCCCAUCCGGAACAUCCAGGACGCUGCACAGUCCGCCUUCAUGAGUAUGGCGCCGCUGGAGCAUGUUGUGGGGAUACGGCUCUUUGCGGAAGUGGACUCUAUCAUCUCCCAGGGCCUUUUGCUCGAGUACGAGAAUGGUGCGCAAAGAUCUCUUGGAGAGUGCCGAGUUGGGAUUGACACGGAGCGCGCCUAUGCAAAUCCCGUCGGCUUUUGCAUUGGACGGCAGCCAGGCGAUCACUGUUGGAUGAUGGAAGUCAGAGUUGAUGGCCAAACGGAGCACAAGCACGGAGAAGGUGUUUGGACGUGCCACGAAAUGCGCGGCAAUCUCAUAUGUGUUAUAAUGCGUGAACAUAGUGAGCUAUAUACUGAUGAUGCAGACCCGGGGUGGAACCACCCGUUGGCUGUAUAA